AUGAGACGUUCCCCAGUCCAACUCUAUAAUUUAGCGUUUCAAUUUAAAAUGCAAUCGAAACAAUUAGAACGUGAAGCUAUUAAACAUGAUAAAGCUGAACGUGCAGAAAAAGCCAAAGUUAAAACAGAAUUAGCUAAAGGAAAUUUAGAAGCAGCAAAAAUACAUGCUGAAAAUGCCAUUAGACAUCAUUCAGAAUCAAUUAAUUGUAAACGUUUAUCAGCACGAGUUGAAUCGAUUCAAUCACGUGUUCAAGCUGCUUCAGCACACAGACAAUUAGCUAGUGGCUUGAAAAACACCGUUGCACUUAUGACACGAGUUACCAAAAAUAUGGAUUUAAGCGAAACAUCAAAAAUGAUGGAAAUGUUGGAAAAGAAUUUCGAAGAUUUAGAUGUAAAAACAAAAGUAAUGGAUGAUUCAAUGCAAGCUACAACUACAACAUUGACACCAGCUGAUAAAGUAACAAGUUUAUUACAAGAAAUAGCUGAUGAAGCUGGUCUUGAAUUAAAUAUGAAUAUACCAUCAGCAUCACAAGUUGGAACGACAACAGCUCUCACUGAACAAGAUGAACUUACAAAACGUUUGGCUGCACUUCGUCAAACAUCGUAA